AUGUCAUUACCUGAUCCAAGAAGACAUUCAACAGAACCUCUAUUACCUACACCAGCAACUACUGAACGUGUAUCUGAAGAAGACGAUUCAUAUACAUCAAAUUAUCCUUUAGCUACGAUGGGAAUUUCAUUAUCUACCGCUAGGAUCUUAGCUCCUGCUUCAUUCUUGUUCGAUUUCGCAUGUCAACAAUAUGGAAUGCUUUCGUCACCAAACAUGAAAGAUAUUCAUGAUGCCAACCCAUGUUCCUUCUCGCCUCAACCAUUUGCAAUUGCAGGGUUCUUCGGUCCUCAACAGAUUUUACAGUUGAUCUGGUUAAGAGAGUUCUUUAGAGCACCAAAAGAUGUUGAAAGGAAUACAUUAAGAUACGCUCCUUGGUACGCUCUUGGUAAUGGUUGUAUUGCUAUUUGGAUGUUAUUCUGGAACAAAAACAACCUCAAAGGCUCAAACGUCUUGGUCACCAUCAACUCUUUAACUCAACUUUAUUACACUUUCUUCCUCCGUGAUCCUGCUCCAAGCACUUAUCAAUCCAAGCUCACCAACGCCAUCAACAUCACCUUUGCUGGAAUUGGAGUGCUCGAUUUAUUUCAUAAUGCUACCGCAGCCUAUUUCCCUUCAGUUCCACCUAACCUCCUUGUCCAGAUCUUGACUCCUCUCGCAUCAAUCCUCACAGCAUUAACUACUCCUCUUUUGUUCGGUACAAGUAUCGCAUACGAUUUAUUCGGAGUAGCUGUAGGACAGCAUCAACUUGCAGCUAAAUCAGUCGUUUCAGGUCUAGGUGGUGGCGGUGGUGAAAACUGGGCUAAACUCCUUGGCGGAGCUGGUUUAGGCGUUGUUGGUAUCGUUGCUGCCAGAGCUUAUAACGGUGCCAGAUGGGUUUAA